CCCACCUCCCCGCCCACGGCCACACCCUAUCGCGCGCACCCCCAACGAACUCCAACAGCGCCGCAGCGUCGUCACGAACACACGGCCUCGUGUUUGUUUAGUUCACUCGCACAACCCACCUCCCGGUUUCUUUAUAUCCGGCGGAUCGCCGGCUUGUCUCUCUCUUGUAUAGCCAGCCGGUGGCAUCGAUCCGAGAACUACCCCUCCGCCCCCCGCUCGCUGCUGCUUCCUCCAUUUCGGAAAGAUUACGGUUGACACCUCCGCUAGCUUCUGCUUCUCCGAUCUUGUUGCAUGGACGGCGAGUGGAGCGACGGGGCGGCGUCCGGCGGCGAGCAGAAGGCCAGCGGGGAUGGCGUUUCGGCGGACUGCAACAGCCCGGGGUCGCCUUCGCCACCGGCGGUGCCGUCGACUAGCGGGAGGAGGCGGUCGUUGCAGAAGCGGGUGGUGACCGUGCCCCUCGCCGACUUGAACGUCCCGCGGCCCAAGGGCGUCGGCGAGGGCAACACGCCGACGGACUCGUGGGCGUGGCGGAAAUACGGCCAGAAGCCCAUCAAGGGCUCGCCCUUCCCAAGGGCUUACUACAGAUGCAGUAGCUCCAAGGGUUGCCCGGCGAGGAAGCAGGUGGAGAGGAGCCAGGCCGACCCGGACACAGUGCUCAUCACCUACUCCUACGAGCACAACCACUCCAGCACGGCGGCGAGGGUGCAGAGCCGCCCGACCCCGAAACCUGGCAAGCUGGAGCGGCCGCUCCCGUCGCCCGAGCCAGCGAAAUCCGACGACACGGACACGCACCAUGGCACCGCCAACGUUGCCGGCGGCCUAGUCACCGAGAGCCCGGCGGCGCCGGCCAUCGAGGUGCACGACGAUUUCCGGUGGCUCUACGACGUCGUGUCCGUCACCUCGUCUACGUCGCCCUCCCAAGUCGAGGCGGCCGACGACAUGCUGCUGUACGGACCCAUGUUCUUCGGCAAAGCGGCCGUCGACACGGCCGCGCUCCUUCCCGACGAGUUCGGCGGCGAGGCCGUCUGCAGGGAAGGAAGCGAGGAAGACGACGCGAUGUUCGCGGGGCUCGGCGAGCUUCCGGAGUGCGCGAUAGUGUUCCGACGGCAUGCCGGCGACGGCCUAUCGGCAAUGGCGGGAGGUGUCAAGGUCGAGCAGCCGGCCGAGGGCACUGCCAUGACGUGAGCAUGUGAUCUGACAUGUGGGACAGGUCUUCAAUAAUAUUGAGCAGACAAAAUUAGAGUCUCAGUUUCAUGAUCUCUUGCGCUUUUGUUGGUUAGUUCUGCUUCUGUCCCACUUCUUUUGGUAUUACCUUCUUUCACUCAUACUCCUACGUACAUUAUAGCACACAGAAGAAUCUGAGACAUUACCAUUGCACAUAUUGUUUGGACGAGGGAUUGAGAUGGACAAGCCCCUUUUGUCAAUGGUUUGGUUGAAUCAUUUGUCUUGUGGUAGUAUUCAAUACUCCGGUAGCCGGGAGAUACACACAACAAAUAAAAAAACAACAAUGGGCGUUUACAAGA